AUGAUUCCUGCAGGCUUGGCCGAGCGCCAGCAAAUAACAAACCAACAAACCAACUCUGCCGCCAGAGACAGCUUCAGUUCCAAUUGCAAUUGCACGCCCAGGCUCAGUGCAAUGCGGCGCUCUCCCACCAUAGAACCAUGGCUCCGCACCGUCGCUAUCUCGCUGAGCGCGUCCAUAGCUGAAGCCAAAUACCCCUUCUCAUCCGACGGCCCGAAAGCAACCCUCAAGAAUGACACCUCGGUGUCCUUCGACCCGCUCGGCGUUGCAGCUGUCCUGGGGAACCCGCGCGCCGACGCCAGCGCCGCAAAGCUCUACGUCCAGUUCGACAAGGAUACCUUCCACUGGCCGCACAUGUCCAUGAUCGGGGGCACGCUGCCCGCGAUGCAGAUGCUGGUCGAGUAUGUGACCUCGGGCUUACCCUCCAAGUCGCUCUCGGCGCCGAUCAAGAUGUGCGCAAAGUACAUCACCAUGAUCCCCGUGCGCUCGGACUUUGUCUUCCGCGAGCUGCCGCUGGAUUUCAGCAAUGUAUGGCUGAAUAGCCUGAUCUCCUUCCGGUCUGGGGAUAUUAACCCCGGUAAUGAUUUCAUGGUCGUGCACAUCGAUCAGGUUGCAAGGACGCCGCGCGAGGUCAGCGAUAUGGCUAGGGAUAAGAGGCUCCGGCUGAGUCUGGACCCAGGGCUAGGCCGGUGGAUGUUCGCGCGGUUGACGCUUUACCUUCUGAUUCUGGCCAACGGCGGCAUGAUCCUGGCCGCCAUGUUGAUUGGCAUUCUGGCCGCGGACGUCUGGGCGUUUACGCUGUUCUUCUUGUACGGUAGUCACUGGAUUGCGUCGGCGCUGAUAACCUUCCUGCCUAUGGUGCGGGUUUCGACGCCGGCAAUCGACCAGGAAGAAACGCCGCGGUAUGCAGCCUACGAGCGGCCCGAGGGUGGAACGGUCAUAUUCAAGGGUGCGAAGAAGAACAUGGAGGCCUGGGCGCGUACAACGUGGAAGUUCGAGCCGACGCUGGUCCAGUCAACGCUGCACUGGGUAUUCAUGGUAACGGGUGCCCUGGCUGCGUUCUCCUCGAUUGCGUGCAUGGUCAAUAUGCAUGGUUAUAUGCAGCUUGCGUUCCUGGCUGUCCUGGUCUAUGCGACCAUUGCGGAGAUUGUCGCGACCAAGAUCUCGCGGUGGCUGCAGACGAAGGCAAAGGGGGAUGUGCCGUAUGCGCUGUUGACGAAUAAAGAGAAGCGCACUGAGAGUAUCAUCUAUGCAACCUUGGCUAUUACCCCUGUUUGUCGGCUUGAAGGGUUCGAUUGGAUUACUAUGGGACUGCUUCCGAACAUGCCGGCGUUUAGUGAGAUGCAGCCUGCCCUGGCCCGGAUUAAUGCGUACCAGAAGGAGGCUGAGAAGGAAGAGAGAAGUGUUCCACGUAGUGAUGGGGAGAGGGACGCUAUUAGGGCGCAGAUGGAGGUAUAUUAUGCUGAUUACAUGACGGCGGCGUGUGAAGCAGCGGAAAAGGGCAAGGAAGACGAGGAGGCGAAGAAGGCUGCGAGGAAGGGCACAGAAGGUUUGGCUGGACGGUUAGUCGAGCAGAUGCGUGGUGCUGUAGAGGAAUGGAUUGCACAUAUGGACGAGGACGAAGUUAGGAAAACGGCGACGCCGCAGAGUGAGGCACUUGUUAAAUGA